UUGUAUUCACAGCGCGACGGGCGCGGCUACGGGCCCGAGGGUUAUGGCGGUGAGGGAUUCGUGCCUCCACCUCCGAUGCACCAUCCGUCCAUGCCGCCACAGAACCAGGGCGGUCCUCCACAGCAAGGCGCGGUGAUGAUGGUGUACGGCCUGGACCCGCAGACCGCCAACGCUGAUAGACUGUUCAACCUGUGCUGUCUGUACGGGAAUGUCGUCAGAAUAAAGUUCUUGAAGACGAAAGAGGGCACCGCGAUGGUACAGAUGGGCGACGGCGUCUCCGUCGAGCGCUGCGUGCAGAACCUCAACAACGUCACCGUCGGCGAGUACACACUCACACUCGCUUUCUCGAAGCAGGCGUACCUGUCCGAGGUGAUGAACCCAUACCCGCUGCCUGACAAGAGCCCCUCGUUCAAAGACUACGUCGGCAACAAGAACAACCGCUUCCUGACACCAGCGUCCAUACACAAGAACAGAAUACAGCCCCGUCGAAGGUGCUGCACUUCUUCAACACGCCGCCAGACGUGUCCGACGAGCAGCUGCUGCAGGUGUUCAAGGACUACGGCGUCACGCCGCCGCACACCAUCUCCAAGUUCCCGCUCAAGAGUGAGAGAUCAUCGUCGGGCCUGAUGGAAUUUCAGAACAUUUCGCAGUCGGUGAUGGCUAUUAUGGCGUGCAACCACGCCACCAUACAGCAUCCAGGUGCGAAAUUCCCGUUCGUGAUGAAGCUCUGCUUCUCAUCCUCGAGACAAAUCGGCCAGGGCAAGGGACAGCAGCAGAAACAGGAGCAAAACCAAAACCCCAACCAGAACCAACGGCAAGGGCAAAAUAACGGCAUGGCCGAACACGAGUACUACUAACGGCGAAAGCGGCGGGUCACUCACACACACAUAUCAAGACGGACGGCAACACACAGACACACACAGGCACACCACAACGAGUGCGGGGGACAGGGGGGAACAGGGGUGGGGACAAACGUUGCCUUUGAAUAAUUGAACUUCCACCCAUUCACCCCAACACAAUAAGUUGCCAGCUGUAUAAAACACAUGGGUGAUGUUUGUUACAAAGGCAACGAAAGUAAUAAUUCCUUUAUAUUUACAAUUUGUGAUCUAGAUCACACUUAUAAAGACAUUAACAGUUAGAUUCUUUAAUAUAAUUUAGUACACAGUAACAUGUUUUUUUUUUUUCAUAAUAUUAUAUGAAUAACACAUUUUUUACAUUUCCAUUUAAUUUUUUUCUUUUUUGUUUUUAUUUUUUUUUUGGUAUGGGGCGUUGCCCCGUCGGAUGCAUUGUGCAUUUUGUUUUUUUUUUUUUGUCGAAACUAGUUUAUUAGGUAUUGGUUAAGUAAUAUUCCCAUUUUAUGAAUUACUGUUAGAAAAAUUUAGUUUAAUACAACAGUGCCAUUUUCAAACUCGACGGUUUUGAUUUAGUAGAGUUUUGAGAAUGGUAUUGCUUACCCGUUCUUGCGGUUUUGUAGUAAAAUUGAUAUUAGUUCGUGAGUAUAUGUUGGUAAUUUUGUUUUAUCUCGUUUUUGCCCCGUUUCGGUUGUUUAAGUUACCCGAAAAAUAUUCGAAAAUCGGUUGUUAUGUAACCGCGAUUGUGAACUCAUACAAGUAAUAAAAAAAGUGGUAUAAGAUAGAAUAUUUGGGUUUUAUUUUGUUUUAAUAUUAGGCAAGCUUGGAGUGUGCAUGUUUCUUUUAUUAUUUUUGCAUGUUAGGGAUGUUAAUAAAAAUUAGACGCCAUCAUUUUUUAACCAUUUUACUCUAAACUGUUUAAGAACCAAAAAUCUAAUUAUAAGAUAUAGUUUAGCACUCUUUAGGCUAGUAGUAAGUGUCAUUGCGAUGUCAAUUAUAUUCGAUUAGUGGGAAAAAUAUGACAGUAAUGGAUUUUCUAUAAAUUUUUCUUAGAAAAUUAACGUUUCGACACAAAAGUGACGAACACACGGUACGCUCUUGGGAUAUCUGAAAUGGAGUUUGUAACAGUUUGCGCCGUUAAUACUUUCGUUCUUAUUUAAGAAUAGAUGUUUGUAUGGUGUGCCCUCGUGCUAGCUUGUCUAUAUUGCUGUUUAUGAUCUCCAAGCCUCUACACUUCCCCCCUACGCCCUAACAUCCGUAAAUUUGCAACACGUCAAUUUUAAUAAUAUUUUAGCGAGCGGAGAACAAUAAACAGUGUUAUAGCCAAUCAUAAAGAAUAGAUAUCUUAAAUAGCUGAAAAUAAAUCAAUGUUAUCAGGUAAAUAGAUGCAUAUCUUUUUCUCUAGAAAUAUUUUCAAAUGGAAAAAAAUAAGUGUUUUAGUGUUAGGAUUUCGAUGUCGUGAUAGCUUACAAUUUUGUGUUUAAGUGUACAGAGAAAUAUAUAAUGCGAAAUUCUUUUUGGAUUGUUAAUAAUUUAUUCCUUGUUUUUUAUGUACGUUGUGGACAAAUGACACUAUUCUACUCUGUUGAACGCCAUGGACUGACACUAUGACUAAUUUUAGUCAUUAAAACUGACUCAGUUUCAGUGACUAAAAUCACGCAUAACAAAAACGCUGAAUUGCUUUACAAAAAUAACACAAGAAACAGCACUCUGGCAUAUGUUUUAAGAAUAUUGUAAUUUUCAUUUUCCUUUUAGUCUCAUUGGAUUAGGUCUUGUAGUUACAAUGUGAACAUUAAAUACAUGUCAACACAACAAUAAUCUUUCAUUUCAUACACGACACGUACAAACGUUUACAAAUUGGAAAUAAAUCUGUACCUAUGUUUACCAACUUGUAAUGUAGACGUAUCUAAUACAUGUUUUAAAAAAUGUUUUUAGAAUAAUUCCGCCCUAUGAAACCUCUUUACCCAUACAAAAUCCCUAUAUUCCAUUUCAAAUGCAAUAUUUUUAUAAAAAGUAUUUUAUAAGUCUUCAAGUAAGCCAAAAUAAAGAAUAUCUUGAUUUUUUUUAACUUUUCAAUUUAGUUACGUCUACAUUAUAUUGAUUUAUUUCUUUGUAUAAAAACACUUUUCAUAUGGUACGGAUUUAUUCGAUUGUUAAACUUUGCCUGCGACUGUACAUGUCACCCUUUCCUGCAUUUUCUAAACAUACUUCUGUCCUUUCCAAACCUAAAACAAAUAACAAAUUCAUAAAAGUGGACCUGCUGAAGAUUUUAUUAUUUUUCUUGUGACAAAUAUUUCUGUUUCUAAAAAAUAUUUUAUUAUUGAUAACUCUAAAAUCUUGCUCAAAUUAGAAUCUCCACUUCACAAAUUAAUAUUUCAACACAUCUCAGUAUAUUCCAACAAAAUGACUUCACACAAAUCAAGAAUAAAAGAAGAAUUGUAUAAAUAAAAGUUUAAAAUGGUGAGAACAAUAUGUCAAUAUGUAAAUAGUAAGUACACAUUAUUCUGAGAUUUUUUUAAAACUUAAUUGUAAAAAUAGAAAAAGUUAUUUAUAGAGCUGCACUCGUGACGCAAAUGUAAAUUGUAUAGAAAUAAAUAAUGUUUUUGA